AACGUCAUCCAUUUAACUCCAAAAUGCUUAACAAAAUCUCCCCUAGGACAUUAAAGCUCUCCUUAAAUCUCCUGACCUUCUCCACAACUCGAAAUUACACAUCCGCCCUCUACAUCCCAGGUCGUAAGGCCUUCGAGACUUUCUCCUACCUGACGCCCCACUUGGACUACACGAAGACCUUCGCCGAGGUGCAAAAGCUCCAGCGAAACCUGAACCUCCGAGGAAUAAAUGUCAACGCUGAGGAAAUAAAAUCAGCCUGGGAAUUCUAUCAAAAUAUAGAUGCAAACCGACGGACAAUUGAGGAUAAAAGAGUUUCAGUUGCCUACAGAAUAAAAAAAUUAUCCAAACUGGAAUUUCCAACUCCAGAAGAGGAGGAGGAACUCAAUGGACUGAUUACACAGGGAAAAGUCCUGAAGCAGGACCUCCGGGCAAUCAAAGAAAUUAUCUGGGAUCUAGACGAAACAAUAAUCCCUAGAGUCUUACAACUGCCCAACGAGCUUCACGAAAAAACUCCAGAGUCCUCAGACCAAGUUUUAAAAACAGUUGGUGUAAAGCCGGUAAAAAAGCCUGGAGCACAGGAUCAUCUGACAAUUGGCAAGAACCUGGGAUUACUGGAAUACACGAACCAAUUCCAUUUCUAUCUCUGCGAUGCAGCAGCUCUCGUCGAAGUUGCUGUACAAUCCUAUGCAAGUAGAUUAUUAGCGGAUAAAGGAAUUUUUCGAGUAGCUGGAACCGAUUUCGCCCGAAGUUUACUGGUUGAAGCAGCUGGAAUUGAUCACGAAGAUCCAUUCUCUUCUUUUAUUAUCAACAAUAAUGAAGGGGUUAACGUUAAAUCAGUUAAUAGACUUCAUCUAGUCGGUGGAGCGAGUUUAAUAUCAUUUCUGGCUCUCCACACAAGGCAAUUAGUGAAUCCAAAGCAAUUUCCACUGAGGUAUUUUGCUACGGGGCGAAAUUACAUUCCCUCAGUGAAGAACGGAAUGGAUCUGGGACUCUUCGGGGUCUGUCAGACAUCCGCUGUUCACUGCACAUCGAUGACUCGAGAUUUCAGGAGCCAGGAGUACGAUUACGAAUUCCAGAAGCUUAUCGAUGUUGUGACUGACCUCUAUGACGGGCUUGGAAUUCAUUAUCGUGUAAUUUUGCGCUCCGCGGGGCAGCUGGAACCUGCUGAAUGUUUGAGAGUCGGUUUUGAGCUCUGGUCUCACUAUUACGGUGAGUACCUGGAAGUCGGAAGCAUCUCUAUGUACGGGGAUUAUCUAUCAAAGCGAUUGCUAAUUGCUUAUCAGACACCCAUAGGUAGGGCUUAUCCCGCUGCUAUCUCGGGAACAGUUAUAAAUGUUAAUAGAAUGUUGGGGUGUUUGUUGGAGCAGAAUCCAGAGAUGUUUGAGGUGCCUCACGUGCUCAAGGAGUUUAUGCCUGUUGGGGAGAUUUAAUAUUCUCUCUUUGUAAAUAAAUGAAUUUGUGAAUACCAAAAUG